GAUAUAGAAAACAUGGACAAUUCUGUCAGUCACUUCAUCCUCUUGGGCUUCCUCUCCAGCCAGGAGAUACAGAUGGUCUACUUUAUGGUGUUCUCAGUAACCUACAUGCUAACAUUAAUGGGAAAUGCAGCUAUUGUCUGUGCUGUGCUCUGGGAUCGGCACCUCCAUACUCCUAUGUACAUACUUUUGGGGAAUUUCUCCUUCCUAGAGAUCUGCUAUGUCACCACAACUGUUCCCAACAUGUUGGCCAAUUUCCUUUCUGAGACCAAGAUCAUCACCUUUAUUGGUUGCUUUGUACAAUUUUAUUUCUUCUUCUCUUUUGGCUGUGAUGAAGGCUUCUAUCUUUGUAUCAUGGCAUUUGAUAGGUACCUUGCUAUCUGUCGUCCACUACACUACCCAACCAUCAUGACUACACAUCUCUGCACUAGUUUGGUGGCCUUUGGCUGGGUGGGUGGCUUUGUCCUCUUUAUAAUUCCAGUUGCUCUCAUCUCACAGUUGUCCUAUUGUGGCUCAAACAUCAUUGAUCACUUCAUAUGUGAUCCUGUCCCAUUGAUGGCCCUUUCAUGUUCCAAAUCCCAUACCACAAAGAUCAUUUAUUCUAUGUUCAAUAUUAUCUUUAUGGGUGGUACUUUUCUGUUCAUCCUCAUCUCUUAUGCUUUAGUCAUUUUUUCUGUGCUGCGGAUUCCCUCUGCUGCUGGCAAACGUAAGGCCUUCUCCACGUGUGCUUCACAUCUUACUGUAGUGACAUUAUUCUUUGGCUCCGUUAUGACAAUGUAUGUGCGGCCAGGAUCAGAGAAGCCAUUAGAAUUCCAGAAAGUUGUGACACUGUUUUAUUCAGUUAUCACUCCCCUCCUCAACCCUUUGAUCUACAGUCUCCGAAACAAAGAUAUGAAGGCAGCUCUGUGGAAAGUUUUGGUGACUAAAAAAACUUCUCACAAGACAUGA